AUGAACACGCUUCCGCCGCCUCCUCUCGCCUCCCCAACGCUGAGCACCCCUGGAUCCGCCCGCACCCUUUUCCUGGGGAUCGGGCGCGCCGGGGGCGGCAGAGGGCCAGGGUGCGGGGCCGACCUCCGCGCUCCCCACCCGCCGGGGACCGCUCCCGCGGAAUCCGGGCCGGCCUGCAGCCCCUCCUGGGAGCGUCCCUCCCCUUCGCGCGGGCGCGGUGUCCCAUCGCCCGGGGUGUCGGAGGCGGACGAAUUCAGUCCGCAAACGAACUUUCGAGGCACCCGGAGAAAAGGGGGAGCUUUGACGGGACGCCCUCGCGUCGCUGCAGGCGCCGGCGCCCCAGCCCCCGCCGGCGCCCCAGCCCGGGGCCCAAGCGGCAUCCUGGUAUCUCAGCCACGGCGGGGACCUCAACCACCUCCCGGGCCACACGUUCGCGGCCCAGCAGCAGACUUUCCCCAGCGUCCGGGAGAUGUUCAACUCCCACCGGCUGGGGAUGGAGAGCUCGGCCCUCGGGGACCCGCAGGUGGGCACCAACGCCAGCUGUCAGCUGCCGUACAGGUCCGCGCCGUCCGUCUACCGCCACGCCGCCCCCUACUCCUACGACUGCACGAAGUACUGACCCGCCGGCCCGCCCCGCUGCGCCGCCCGCACCCGGACCUCUCAGACCGGUCAGGCUGCAGACUCGCAGAAAGAACCCAGAAGGACCCACCAGCUUUUUUCUCAGACCCGGGAGCAGAGAGAGCCCGCGCCGGCCUCAGGAUGGUCGUGCUCACUGCUCCAGCCGGGGUUUCGAAAAUUAAGUUACGGACCAAAUUCCAGAGCGAUUCCCGUAAGGACUCUCUGUAGGGACCCCCAUAGGCCUGCGGGGGUCUCUAUAGAUGACUAUGUGCUGUGUGUAAUUUUAAAGUUCUCUAACCGUGCUGUACAAAUGUGUGCAUUUGUAACCAACCAGGCUGUUGGUUGUUGCUGUUUAGAGCCAUUAAUAUAAUAUUUAAAGUUGAGGUCACUGGAUACGUUUUCAUCUUGCCCAAGCAUUCCUAACUGCCAAAAUGAAAAUUUAAGAAACCUAUGUAGGGUUUAUACCCCCGCCCCCCCC